AAAGAAUGUAAUUAUGAUAUGAAAUUAUAUGUUAAAGAAAAAAAGAUUGGAGCAAAAAGAAAGUAUAACAAAGGACAUAAAGUAGAAGGUGUAUGGGUUAUUGGUGGUUACAAUAACUUGAAAAAAAUUGGAUAUAAGCAUAAAACUGUAAAUCAUAAGAAGUAUUUUAAAGACCCUGAAACUAAUGUUCAUACAAAUACCAUUGAAGAAAGCUUUAAUGUAGAAAAAUUACAUAUAUUAAAAGAAGAAGAAAUAACUCUGUAUCAAGAAAAAAUAAAUAAUAAUUGCUCAAAAAAUAAUAAUAUAAUUGAAUAUAAUAUUGAUGGAAAUGAAUCAGAAUUUGACGAACUAGUGACUUCUAGUGAUGAAACGGGAUGUGAAGAUAUAUCUGAUAAAAAGCAUUUAUUGGUUUAUGUUAAACUAGUAGGUAAAAUAAAUAAC